UGGUGUGUGCUGUGGAGGCCCUCGCUGCACUGGUUGUUGGGAAAUCCCUGCAGGAGAUUGUGAGCGACUUCCGUGGAUUUUACCGCCUCCUGACCAGUGACGGCCAGAUGAGAUGGUUAGGUCCAGAGAAAGGAGUGGUCCACCUCGCUACAGCUGCGGUCCUGAAUGCUGUGUGGGACCUGUGGGCGAGGACGGAGGGCAAGCCGCUUUGGAAGCUGCUGGUUGACAUGGAUCCAAAGCAGAUUGUGUCCUGCAUUGACUUCAGAUACAUCACUGAUGCGCUCACAGAGGAGGAGGCUUUCGACAUCCUCAUGAAAGCGCAGGAGGGCCAGCAGCAGAGAG